AGAAGCGUGGGUCGUAUGGAAAGAGGAGGGCUGGGAGGAGGCAUCAGUCACUGGCUAUCUGCGGUCUGUGCUGCGAUGUUGAUCCUGGACGUUCUGUCCCUGCUCCUUCUCCUCAUCUCCAUCCUGUUGCCGGGCUACGGUUGCCGGGCGGCGGACAUUCCCGAGGACACUACGUCUGAGUUCUCAGUCAGACUGUACCACACGCUGAAGGCGGUGGGGGGGCAGGACAACAUCAUUUUCUCCCCACUGAGCGUUGCUGUGGCUCUGGGCAUGGUGGAGCUGGGAGCCAAGGGAGCUUCGCUGGAGGAGAUACGACAGGCGGUGGGAUUCAGCCACCUGCUGCCAGGUGUGGAGUUCUCUUUGCUCCAGAACCUGACGUCAGCUCUGUCUGACGAUGACACCCAAUACGUGAUCCGAUUCGCCAACCGCCUCUUCCUGCAAGAUGGCGUCGCUUUCAACCCCGAGUUCCUGCAUCUGAUGAGGAAGUACUUCCACGCGGACGUGGAAACAGUAGACUUCACAGAAUCCGCAGCGGUGGCGGAGCAAAUUAACAGCUGGGUGGAAAAUCAUACCGAGAGUAAGAUCCGUGAGCUGCUAUCGGCCGAGGACUUCAGCAGCGUGACCCGGCUGACCCUGGUGAACGCCGUCUACUUCAGAGGCUCGUGGAAAAACCAGUUCAGACCAGAGAACACCAGGACGUUCUCCUUCAGCAAAGACGACGGCUCCGAGGUGCAGACGCUCAUGAUGUACCAACAGGGAGACUUCUACUAUGGUGAGUUCAGCGACGGCUCCCAGGAAGCCGGUGGCGUCUACCAGGUGCUGGAAAUGCCGUACGAGGGGGAGGACAUGUCCAUGAUGAUCAUCCUGCCGCGGCAGGAGGUCCCGCUGGCUUCGCUGGAGCCCAUCAUCAAAGCGCCGCUGCUGGAGGAGUGGGCCAACAACGUGAAGCGGCAGAAGGUGGAGGUCUACCUGCCCAGGUUCAAGGUGGAGCAGAAGAUCGACCUGAAGAGCACUUUGCAGGAGCUGGGAGUGAAGAACAUUUUCACCAACGACGCGGACCUCUCCGCCAUGACAGAUGGCAGAGACCUAUACAUUGGGAAGGCGGUGCAGAAGGCCUACCUGGAGGUGACUGAGGAGGGGGCAGAGGGAGCCGUCGGGUCAGGAAUGAUCGCCCUGACUAGGACGCUGAUGCUGUAUCCUCAGAUCAUGGCUGAUCACCCGUUUUUCUUUGUAAUCAGAAACAGAAGGACAGGGUCCAUACUCUUCAUGGGCAGGGUGAUGACCCCUGAAGUCAUCGAGCCCAGCGACCACGACUUCGACUCCAUGUAACCACGGUGCGAGUCUCUGCCGAUCAGAUCCGGACUUCAUAAAUGCUACCUAUCCUUUAUCACCAUCUUCAGCUGUGUUUUAUACUCUUUAUGAAAAAAUAUACAGACUGGUGGAUAUUACACAGUAUAUUAUAUAUUGAAAACGAAAAAUACAACAUGCAAAGUGUUUGAUACCGGAAGCUUUAAAAUUCGUGGAUAUAGAUAUGCAGAAAGUGAAAGCUGUAAAUAUUCUCUACUAAAGGACGGUUUGUAUAUGAGCAAGAAGAACAUAUGACAUGUAAUACACGCACAACCCCUUUAAGUUCAGCAGCUUCGUACUCACUUGUGCCCGCACACGAUGCACAGGAAUUGUUUACUCACUUCACAAAAAUUACACACACUGUAAGUUUUACUUAAACUAUCCCCCUGUCCAUUGCACAUUGUGUUCUAUAUAUAGGCUAAGUAUUUAUUGCAGAAUAAAUAUGUGCAACAUUUGUCCCUAUAUAAUAAUUUCAGUAAUAUACCUGUUGAGUAUUAAUAGUUAUCUUGACACAGUAGGUACAAACUAAACUGCUGAUGAACUAAUAUGCCUUAUCACAUGUGAGUGGUUGAUCAAGUUCCAGCUGGGCUUCUCACAGGUGAACGAAGGAGACUGCGUAACUAAGGCAGGUUGCUAUAGAGACGGACUCGAGCAUGCAGGCGCACUGAAGAAGAGAUGCUGCUGCAAGGUUUUGGGUGUACAUACAGGGAGAAACCGAAACACCAGCUUUAUUCAGUCUUUUACUCAAUAAAAACAUGAAUGUGUUCCCAUUAAAAA